AUGAGCAUGGGCAUGACUUCCCCGAUAGAAGCAGCCCCUGCUUAUGAGGAGGUGAUGCAUCAACGCCGCUCAACGCGCAACGGAUAUGCCUCAGUACCCCAAGCAGACGCCAAUAGUGACUAUGUCGACGAUGACGUAGAGCAGCAUCAGCAUAACGGCCAUAAUCACAACCCUAGCCAUCAAUAUCAACAACAUCAACAUAAUGCAGAACCGUCGGGAAUUUCGCUCAACCCCAUUCGUCAAGCCCCUGACACCACCAAUCUCCCUGAGCCACACACCCAUUGUGAAGCAUGCGAUCAGCUGCUCGAGCGCAGAGAAAACCGUCUUAAGGAAAAACAUUGCUGCACCAUGGUUGCGGUCACAUUUAUUAUGGCGUUCAUAUGCACUAUGGCGGUUGGAAUUGUUAUUGCUCGAUCGCGGAAGUUUUGA